AUGGAUGACUUGCCCCCUGCCGACCGCGGUCGCGCAGCCUGGACAUUUGUUGCUGCAGCUACGCUACUAGAAAUGCUCAUUUGGGGCUUUGGUUUUACUUUUGGUAUUUUCCAAGAGUACUAUGCCUCCAAUGCACCGUUCAAGGGAGCGAGCAAUGCGAGUAUCUCUGCUGUUGGUACAGUCGCGCUGGCUCUCAUGUACUUUGUGUCCUUUCCAGUUCUGCCGCUUGCAAGAGCAUACCCCAAAUACAUUGGGCCUGGCAUGUGGGUUGCAUUGGCUGUCUUGAAUCUCUCGCUCUUCUUGUCUAGUUGGGUGACCUCAGUGGGUGGACUCAUUGUCGUCCAGGGAGUCGUCUUCGGUCUCAGCGGUGGUCUCCUCUACACACCUGUGAUUCUAUGGCUAGGUGAUUGGUUCGUCGAACAUCGAUCGCUUGCUGCCGGUAUCAUUUUUGGUGGAUCAGGUCUCGGCGGUGUCAUCCUGCCAUUCCUUUUGUCUGCUUUGCUUGAACACGUCGGCUUCGCUUGGACCAUGCGCAUUUGGGCUGCAAUCUAUACAAUCUUCGGCUCGAUUGCUGUUUACUUUCUCAGGCCUCGUAUACCGGCUCGACUGCAAGUUGCGACCAAAGUGCGAUAUCCCUCGUUGCGCUUCCUCAAGGCUCCCCUCUUUUGGACAAUUGGUGCGACUAUCUUCUUCCAGGCACUCGCCUUCUACCCAAUUUCUCUUUACAUGACGACCUAUGCGACCAGUUUUGGUGUUAAGGCCAUUGAAGCCACUCUAGUGACCGUCAUCUUCAAUUUGUGCUGUAUCCUCGGUCAGAUUGUGACUGGAUGGCUGGCAGAUGGUCUCCUCAGCUAUGUCAGCAUCAUGACGGUCUCCACACUCUUCUCAGCACUCGUCUCCUUUCUCAUCUUGGGGUUUGCACGGGGUCUAGCCAUGCUGAUUGUCUAUGCCAUCUUCUUUGGGAGUGCAUCAGGUGGGUUUUCUGCAAUCUGGCCACGAGCCUCGUCAGCCGUAGAUCCGGAAAUCAGCGGAACAAUUUUCCUCGCUUUUGCGUACUUCAAGGGUACAGCAAGUAUCAUUGGUCCGACAGUCGCCGGUGUCCUCUAUUCAUCGCAUCAGUCUGGAAAGGUCAGCAAGGAUGACUCUGAUUACGGUCGCCAUGGUUUUGAAAAGGUGACCUUGUUUGUUGGCAGCAUGAUGCUUGUUGCAACGCUCAUUUCGACAGGUAUUGCUGUGGCACCCUCCAUCAAGAAGAUGACUAGAGGCACUAAAAGCAGCCGAUAG